UCUGUCCGUGAGCUCUGUUCUCCAGCCCUUUCUUUGAAUUUGCUUUGUUCUUAAAGCUUUUGAAUGAUCUGAUUUUGACUCAAUUUUGUGCAGCGAUGUUAACGCUUGUUUGUGUUUGUUAAACAGUAUGUUUUGCUUGUGCAUUGCCAUGUGGAGAUGAUCUCAAUUUGUUGCAUAUACGUAUUACUGUGUGUUUUGCACUGUUUCUGUGUCUUUGUGUUUUGUCUAUGUUUCUGUAUUCCAGGUGCCUGGAACUUUAACAUGUUCACCACACCUCCUCUCCCAUUUGCCAUCACACUGUGUUGUCAUAGCUUUCGUUCACUUUAUCUGUCUGAAAUUAGUGUGUACACUUGGUCAGUAAAUUCCCCCAUGAUUAUUUUUACCGUGAGCUUGAAGCUGGUGUUUUGCAUGAUUGUGUUCUGUUUUCUUUUAACAAAGCAGCUCAUGUAUGCACUUGAUGCAUGAGCUCCUCUGUUGUACGUUGAGACCAAGGCAUGGUUUAAAGACGGAUGGUUUGGCAUGUUAAACCAUGCUGGUGUGACAAUAACGUGACUGAAGUUCAGUGCAGAGACUGGUAUAAAUGUGUUAGCAGGGCUAAGCUCCCCUGUCUUUCAGAGAUUAAAAAAAUACAUUAAUGGGUUUCUGUCCACAGAAUGGUAUGAAGAAGUGAGGCUAGGGUUUAAUUUCUUUCUAGCCCAGACUGUAGAUUCAUGCAUCCUAUCAGUGACAGUCAUGUCAGGUGAUUAUACAGAGCGAAACGCCCCCUAGGUUUGAGCAUGUGAAUAUAAUAUAAAGAAUAUAAUCGAGGCCCGCUUCGCUGACACAUCUUUAACACAUCAUCAGGCGCAGUUGCAGGUUGAAAAUCUUGAUUUGUCGUCACUGGUUCAGUAAAUGGUUAUGAAUGUUGCCAAGGUAUCAUGGAGAUCAUUAAAACGAAGAGGAUACUCCAGAAGAACUAAGAUUAUUACACAGAAAUGUUUACAGUGAGUUCACGUCUUGUAUGUCAUUUUAAAUCCACAAUGAGGAGUUGAUUAUUUUCGAGCUGCUCUGUGAUGAGCAGGAGGAUGAAAAGAUGUAGUCAGAAGCAGCUGGCGUAUGUCUUCAUGGAAAUAGUAGUGUAGCAAUCUGGUGUGAGCUAUGCUGAAACCAAUCCGCCCUAUGAAGAAAGCGAUACUGGAACUGAGGCAGCACUUUAAAUUUUAAUGUAAAUCAAUGAUGUAGGAAACAAAGCAGAUUGAUUUGUCAUUCCGUGACUUGUGCACUGGACAAAGCCUCGUAGUCUUGUGUUUAGCAUAAGUAAAGUUUCCUUCCCUUGAGUGUAAAUGUUGAACAAGAUUGUUGAGAUUGUGCAGGCUGUUAUUGACAUUUUACUUUAUUUUACUUUGAAUCUUGGGAAUUUAGGUUUAGACCAGUCUUGUGAUAAUGUAGUCAGUUAGAUAUUAAUUAUGUAUAAAAUGGGUAAGUAAUCUUUGCUUGUAACCUUAGGGUUGCAGACAGGGUACUGUGUGUGUGUGUGUGUGUGUGUGUGUGUGUGUGUGUGGCCCUAGUUUUGGUACUGAUGAAGUAUGAAAAGAAGCCAGGCUAAUUAAGCUGCUAGUAGAAUCUUCUAGUGCAUUAGAGUCUUAGAGAACACGUUACUUCUCCUUGUGUGUGUGUCUGUGUGUGCGUGUGAGGACCAAAUGUCCCCACAAGGAUAGGAAUAGCUGACUUUUUUUUUUUUUUUUUUUUUAAGAAACUAUGUUAUUUAAGAAAAUAAAAGAUGUUUCCUUUUGGUUACUGGGGUAAAGGUUUAGUUUUAGCGUUAGGCGUAUCAUUAAUUUAAUUUAUGUCAAACGUGUGUGUGUGUGGUAGGUAAACACUACAUUCUGGUUUCAGACACGGGGGAAAAAGGCGCGCUGUCUCUUUAAAUGCGCGUGCUGUCAGCUGUGUGAUAGGCGGGCGCAGUCUCUCUCGGAGCCAAUCAGAUAAGCCAUUGUGCUCUAUGUGGAAUUUCAUUGGUUAUUGUAGUGUCGAUCAUAUUCGGAGAAAAAGUCCCGUGUUGAGUCGGGGUGUUUCUUGUUGCUCCAGCGUCGGCGAAACUGAGGAAUUGAUUUGAAGCGGCUGGGAUGUGAGUGCAGAAACGCGCCUCACUCUGAAUAGACAUGUUCUCCAGGAGGCUGAAACAAGCGGAGCCGUUCACUGCUAAGUAUUCCUGUGUAGUGUCACUGAGCGAACACCACCGCCGGAUCGAUGCACUAAACACUGAAGAUCUGCGUGCCCUGUGCAAACGGCUCCAGAUCACCACAAAAGAGGAGGUGACCUCCAAACAUGGCACAUCUAUCACAGCCAGCCUGGAGCCGGAGACCUUUAAACCCAACUUGAGUGAACCUAGCGACCUCCUGGAAGCCGAACAGAUAGAGAAGCUGGCAAAGCAUCUCCCACCCAGAACCAUAGGCUAUCCAUGGACGCUGGCAUUCAGCACGUCCAAGCACGGCAUGAGUAUUAAAACCCUGUACCGGAUCAUGCAGGGGCAGGACUCUCCCGUUGUCCUCAUCAUUAAAGACAGUGAUGGGCAGGUGUUUGGGGCAUUAGCAUCAGAGCCCUUUAAAGUCAGCGACGGAUUUUACGGCACAGGAGAAACGUUUCUCUUCUCCUUCUAUCCACAGUUUGAGGUCUACAAAUGGACAGGUGAUAACAUGUUCUUUAUCAAAGGAGACAUGGACUCCCUGGCAUUUGGUGGAGGAAGUGGUGAAUUUGGUUUGUGGCUGGACGGAGAUCUCUACCAUGGCAGGAGUCACUCAUGCAAAACAUUUGGGAACCCGAUGCUCUCCGUGAAGGAGGACUUCUUCGUGCAGGACAUUGAGAUCUGGUCGUUCGAGUAGGCCACUCUCUCCAUGAGAGAGAGAAAGAGAGAAAGAUGGCUCCAGUCAGGGAAACAAAGCCAACCAGAUGUCUCUGUGCUGGCCAGAAGUGUCCCAAACCUUAAUGUGCAUCACCUCGGCUCCCAGGAAGCCUGUUUUAAAGCAGCAUAAUCUCUUUAUGCUUGCCGUAUGUUACUAAUGCAUUUAACACAAAUCUUUUUCCCCCACUCUCUCUUUCCUCGUGCUGUUACCAUGUGUACUUUGUUCCAAGCUUCAGUGCAAGGUGUGUUUAGGUGAGCAGAAAGCUGAGACGCACCGUGACAAUCAUCAGUGAGCGUUCAAGUACUGAUUACAGGGGACCACUGGAGCGCUUUGAACGUCAGAUGGUGAUGCUGGCAUAGGUUUGGGACAAGAUGGAUCUGUUACAGAUCGAGGCAGAAAGCUUCAUUGGAUGUUACUAAUGCAAUGGCCUCACAGGAGAUGGACAAAAAAAGAAAUGGAAGUAACUACAAACACAUUCCUGUGCCCUUUGAGACUACAGAAAUGUUUGACAGGUAACAGGAUCGCCUGAGGGCAGCAUCCAUGCAGAGAGCAAAAAAAAUGCGAGUGUACAUCCUGAGUUUCUUCUGAAGCGAAUUAUACAAGUGUUGUGAAUUCAUAGUCUUUCUGUCGUUCACCAUCAUAGAUCCACCGCAGUAAAGCACAUAGCCCUUAAUCUAUGAAGAAAAACAUUGUCGUACCGUUCUGUUAAGUGGGUUUAUGUGUGAGUUCAGCUUCCUCCGUGUGUGGAGGGUCGUGUGUACUGUUCGUAGACAGUAAUGUGUUGCAAUAGAUUUUGUGGAAUAUGCAAAUUACUGUUCUUGUUAACCUCAAUAAUCCGGACGGGAUCUUUUGUGUCCUUCCCGUCGCUCUUUCAAACUAACUUUUAAAAGCUUUUACGUCUGGACAGAAAAUUGCUUUUCGGGGUAUCAUUUGAAAAGCUGGAGAUGUUUUUUUUUUUUGUUUGUUUGUUUUUUUUUCAUAAAUAUAAUGACAAUUAUAUAUUUAUGUAUAUAAUUAUAUAACAAAUUCUAUAUAUAUACAUAUAUAUAUGUAAUUAUAUAUUGCUGUUACGUGUGACAGUGAUCUUUUUUGUGCUGAUAUCUCAGCUGUUACCAAUAUAAUGUACAGUAUAUUACCCUGUAAAUUAAUGUUAAAAUAGUAGAUUUGUUCCUAUAUAUAAAUAUAUAAUUAUUAGCAGACAAAUAUAUAGAGUGUGGAUUGGUGGGUUGCUUCUAGCACUUUAAUCUAGUUUAAAGCCAGAUGCUUUCGGCUUUCUUUGCAGUAGCUGUACAGUCUUUAUUAUAUAUAUAUUUUUUGUUCCUUUAUUUGUGUGUUUAGAAAUUAACAGAUGUUAGCUGUUUAUGAAGAGCUUUCUGCUACACUGUUGGGAAAAUGUAGCUAAAGCCCUGAAUCUAAUGUCCGAGUCCAGUGGGGUUAGAUUCUCUCCUCACAUGUCUCGUCUCGAUGCUGUGUCUUUGUUGGUGUGUAGAUUCACUGUUCACAGGCUGAGGGAGGAUGAGGAGGGUGAAGAAGAGCAGGUAAUCAUCAGACCCUCAUCACUCUUCCCAUACCAGCGAGUUCUGUCAAUGUGGAGUCACAGACGAGGUCCAGUGUGAACAAAAUGCUCCAGCCGAUUCGCUGGAAUACAAUGUAAUAGUGAUGUAAAAAAAAAAAAAAAGAAAAAG